UCCCAGAGAGGCGGGGACAUAGAGGGAGCGUAGGAGGCUGAGAGGAGGGGGACGGCAGCGGCAGGGGGGUUGUACACAGGUCCCAAGGCAAAGGCGCUUCCCAGCUGGUCCCUGCAGGGUUCCGAGUCGGUCUGCGGAACCCCUCUGCUCACUCCCCUUUACCAAUCCGCAGGGGGGCCGUUGCAUUGGUUUGGUUGGGGUAGGAAAGGGGCUCAGCUAAGGGGGAGCUGCUGCCUGGCCUCUGAUCAUUACAGAUAAAGUAGCUAUGCCUGUUCAGGUCAUUGAUGGCGCACCCGAAACUCUACUACCAAGCCACCUGCAGAAAGUGGAUUUAAAAUACCUACAAUGGGGUUGUGAUCAGGCCAACAAAUACUUUCAGGGAACAGUUAUUCUCUCCUACCCUUUAACUAAACUUGUAAAUGGAACAGAAUUUUUCAAGAUUGUACUUCAAGAAUCAGAGAAUUCAUGUUCAAAGACCAGCACCAUCAAUGUUUUAUUCUUUGGAAGGUUGGCAGACGAUUGUGGGAAAGUUGUACAUCAAGGGGACACCAUGGUUGUAGCUGGAUUUAAUGUGGCUAAGUCACCUUCUGCAAAUGAAGAUGACCGACACUGCUGUCAUCUGGAAGUAUCUGAAGAUGCAGGAUCAGCCGUUUAUAUUUAUACUAAGCCAAGUACAGUCACUGCUUCAGAAACAGCAUCCAUGCCCGUUGCACCAAAAUACACAUACACUCCUCUGAAUCAUCUUAAAGACGGAACUAUAGUCAACUUGUAUGGUGCUGUGAAAUUCUUCAAGCCCCCAUAUAUAAGCAAAGGAACGGAUUACUGUUCAGUUGUAACAAUUGUGGACCAAUCAAAUGUGAAAUUAACAUGCACACUUUUUAAUGGAAAUCUAGAUGCCCUUCCAAAAAUCUACAAAAUUGGAGAUAUUGUUCGAUUUCAUAGAAUAAAGGCACAGAGAACUAACCACACAGAACAUCUUUCAGGACUGGGGCUUCAAUUAGACAUAACAACAACGGGAAACAAAGCAAAAAAGAUCAGGGAAUAUAAUAAACAGAUGCAGGGGAUUACUGGUAUUGGCUUUGCAUCCUUGACAUUUGAUGGAACCGUAGGAGCACCGAUAGUGCCUCGAACCUCUAGUAAAUCGUACUCUUUCACAGAAGAAGAACAGAAAACAAUAGAAGAACUACGUACGUGGGCAGCUAGUAAUCUUUCAGUCUGUGGGCCAACAGCAAAAUUGUCUGAUGUCCAGCCAAUGCUGUUUUUUGACCUUACUUGUCAACUUGUAGGGAAAGCAGAAGUGGAUGGAUCUUCCUUUCUUCUCAAGGUAUGGGAUGGUACAAAAUGUCCCCACCCAUCUUGGAAGGUUCUUGUGGAAGAAAGUGACCUUGAAGGAGAUAAAGUUCUCAUCCAUCAGCUGAGAAAUCUGAUUGUAGACAUUCUAGUUUACGAUAACCAUGUGAAACUGGCAAAAUCACUGAAGGUUGGAAGCUUUCUGAGAAUUUACAGUCUGCAUACAAAACAAGCCAGUGCUGAGAACCAGCCUGAUGUUUCCUAUGUAGAAUUUCAUCUUCAUGGUGGCACCUGUUAUGGUCGAGGAAUUAGGGUCUUGCCAGAAAAUAAUCCAGAUGUCAAAGAACUAAAAGCAUUCAUGGAUUCUGUGAAUCUCACAGAGUCUCAAAAUGUGGAGAGCAUGUCUUCAAUGGAAUUGGAUGGCAUUUUUAGCAAUCUAUCAUACCAGUCAUAUUCACAGAGAUGCCAGCAGUUAUCUGUUACAGUAUUAACAGAUCAUCAGCAUUUAGAUGACACAGCACUGAAUACUAUCUUGAACAGCUCAGUUCCUCAACAAUAUCGCAUUAGAGCAAAACUCAGAACUUUUAAACCCCAGAAGCUCUAUCAGUCCGUUAAACUUUAUUGUUCAAAAUGCAACUCACUGCAAGAAGUUCCAGAUGGAGAUGAUUUUGACUUAAUAUUAAGAGACUGUGCAGCUUCAGCUCCAAAUCCAGAAGUACAUAAUUCAUUGUGGUAUGAUUCUGAAGUGUGGGAUACAGAAAAUCAGGGGCAAAGAAAAAUAGCUGUUCAUUUUGUAAAACAUGAUGAGCUGCUUCAGGAGCCAGAAGAUACUUUGAUUAUGGUACAAGGGGGGAUGCUAAAAGAAAUCAGAAAACUUUCAAGAAGAUUUAAAUGUAUUAUACCUGUGAGAUCAACAAAAGAAGAUCUUGAGUUACUAGACCUUUCAGCUCCCUUCCUUUUGCAAGGGAAAAUAUGGCAUUAUGGGUGCAAACAGUGUUCAAAUCAGAAGACUAUCCAGAGUCUCAGUUCCCUUGCAGAAGAAGAACCAUCGUGGGAGCCAACUGAAAUAGCACGAGUUUUAGGUAUUGAGCCACUCCAGUAUGUCUUUGUUAUGAAGUUUACACUUGAUGAUGGCACAGGAGCACUGGAUGCAUACCUCUUUGACUAUGAAAAGUUUUUUCAGAUUCCUGCCUCCGAAGUCCUUACCAGUAGUCUUCUUCAGGAGAAGAUGGAAAUGAUCAUGAAUAUACUUUGUCCUCCAGGAACAAAACUAGAUGACUUGCCAUGGUUGGAAUGCUUCAUCAGGUCUUAUAAUGUCAAAGAUGGAAUGGAACAGCAAGUUUGCUAUCAAAUUUUUGACACUAUGGUUGCUGAAGACGUUAUCUAGUGAUAUGUAUUGCAAUUUAAGAGACAUGCAAUUUAUCGACAUUAUCGAUUACAAAAAAGUUUUGAAGCUAUAAACACCAUACAAGGUUUUGUAUAACAUUUAGUGUAUCAUGUUCUGUGUUGAGAAAUAUUAAUCAGGAAAACAAAUGUCUUUUUCUGCAUCUCACUUGUGCAUGAAGGUUUUAGCUCUUCUGUUCCUGAAUUAAAAUGAAUUGGACAUAUGCUAAGAGGUAUUUAUUACUUGCUCUGGGCCCAAUCCAAUGAGUCAAGUGGCAGUUAAGGUGCUCAGCACUUCAUGGGAUUGGUCACUGCGUGGUUGAGACUGUUAAAAGUGGUUUAAUAUCCAAACAUUCCAAGCUAUUACACAAUUGAAAAUUAUCAAUAAUGUUACUAAAUUCUGCUGUGACCCACAGAGUCAAAUUUAAAGGGCAAUUGUAAAAUGUAAACAUGUUUUGUAAUGUAUGAAGAACAGUCAGCAUGAUUACGCUUUGUUUAUUUAUCUAUUUUAAUACAAAAGAGUAAGUGAUUUGAGAACAGCUGUGGAAACAGGGCUCUUCCAUUAACUUGUAUUCCCUUGCUUUAUUCUGUACAAAUCUAUUUUAGGGUUCUAAAAAACCAUGGGUUUUUUCCUUACUUUAAUUUCUCAUUGAUAUGUAGAUUGUAGCGAGCUCUUCCUGCAGUCCUUAUGUGUGCAAGUAGUGUAAUUGACCUCAGUGGAGCUAUUUGCAUGAGUUAGAAUUACUUAUCUGGUUAAGAAUCAUAAAGUCAGUCCAUAAAAGCAGGGAUAUUUAAAAUAUUAAAAUGAAUACUAAUAUUUAUUAGAUUAUAAGGAUGGUAAAGUCAGACAUAUUUGGGGCCAUAUCUGACAUUGCUGCUCCUUUAAAUUGUGUGUGUAUUUGCAGAGGUUCUUGCACAUAGUUUGGCUAAAUUUAGUGUCCGAUUAUACUGUCUCGAUUGCUUUCCUCUUUUGUAUAAUUGGAUUGGAUGCCUAAAUUUAGAGACAACAUUUUCAGGUCAACAAGUGACUAGUUGGCUACCACAGUGGAAAAAAAAUUGCGUGCUUUUACCUUGCAUUCUAAAGUAUUUGCCCCAAAUUCAGAAUCAUUUUCUAGAGAAUAAUAUAAAUGUAAAAAUUCUUGUUAGGGGACUAUGCUUCUUGUCAUCAAAGGAAAAAAAAUCACAUAACAUUGCACGGAGGAUUUUUUUUAAAUAGUGCUCAUAGUUGACUAGUACUUUAAUACUAAAUACAAAUGAUUUUACUGUGUUCUAAGAGAUGAUUAGUAGAAUAAGCUAUUAUAUCCACUUACAGUUUCAUCCAAAUGUCAAUAGAUUUUGUGUCGUACUUUAAAAAUCACUCUGGGCCAUAGAAACAAUGAGCUAUGACCCUAGAAGUUUAUCAAUUAUCAUGUGGGUAGAAGGUGUGUUAACAUUGGAAGCCGAUGGUUCACUUUCAAGGAGAGGAGAAACUGUCAGCCUGAUUGAAUGGGACCAUCAACUUACCAAGCAAGGAACAACACUGGCAUUAGUUCUGAAAGCAGCUGCUUACCUACCCCGGCCUGAUGAGAGAUACUGAUAAGUGAAUUAUUUUUAAAACUUGAACACUUCAAAUAAUUUCAGUGGAAUUUAACUCCUGAAGCGCUCAUCCAUAAGAAAUAUACAAGGGUUUGUUUGCUAUGUAAUGGGUAGUUUAAUCACAAAAACUAUAGAACCUGUAUUUCUGGUUGUGUUACAUGACAUCACAAACCAUAUUAUGCACUGCCAAUCAUUAGUAGAAAGUAUGUGUUAAAUUGUAAAUGUUUUUUAAUGUAAAUAAAAAGUCAUGUUCCUGUACAUCAUUGCAGAUAUCUAUUUUAAAGUAAUAUCUAUUUUAAAGGAAACCUUUUGAAAAGUAAUAGAUCAGAAUAUAUAACACUCACACUUCAGUGUAAAUUUGUUUUCACCAUCUCUAAUAAUGUUUGAGAUUCGUGACAGAACAUUUUCAAGUCAUUUUAUGAUUGUACAUACGGCACUUGAAGUUGUCUGGCUAUUGAAUAUUGUAAGUAUUUAGCUGAUUAAUAAACACGAUUUAAAA